AUGACGACCGAGGCGCUCACCCUGAUGCAGCGCCAGCGCCAGCGCAAGUUCCACCGUAGGUCGCGCAACGGCUGUGGGACCUGCAAGACGAAACAUAUACGCUGCGAUGAGAGGAAGCCGCUCUGCACACACUGCCUUCGACACGGCGGAGAGUGCGGCUACCCGCCGGACAACAGCGAUGCCGUCUCCACCACCACCGACACCGAGCGCAGGUCCGUGUCUACGUCGGUAGAGCCCCAGGAGCAGUCCGGCGCUGCGACGGAACAGAGCGUGAUGAGCCUGCUCGACUCGACGCCAAACGAUCCGUUCCUCGGCACGUCGUUUGACAUGCCGCACAACUCACGGUCUCUCUUCCAACUCUUCACGAAUUCCCGAGUAUUAUACACAACGCGCGUCGAAAGGACCAGCGACUCCUUUAUCGUACACAAGGCCUUGUCCCACCCCGGGUUCCUCCACGCGGCCAUGUUGAUGACAACCCUGCACUGGGCAUGGUGCACCGGCGACGUGGAGCAGUUCAGAGUGCCUUACCUAUACCACAAGCUGCAGGCGAUCCGGUUCGUCAACGAGCAGCUGAAGCACCCCGAGACGGCCGUCAACGACGGCACCAUCGCCGCCGUGGCGAGCCUGGCGCUCGUCGAGAAUUCUCUGGGGUCUACCGAGGCCGUGUCGUCACAUUUGCGGGGUCUUGCGAGGAUAAAAGAACUACAGGGCGAAGAGCGGCGGCCCAAGAAGAUGGGCCUGCUCCAGCGGAUGAUACUCAUGGCGGCACGCAGCGUGUCCAGCCGACCCGUGUGGGACAUACUGGACAUCAGCCGCACCGACGACGUGCACCAAUCGAUGAUCAUAUCGCUGCUCCGCGUGGCGCUGCGGCCCAUCUACAGCGUGUUCACCCUGAGCGGCGAGGACGGCGACUCGGCGGGUCCGCUGUCGGAGGUCAUGGCGCAGAAGACGCCCCCGCCGGCGCACACCCCGUCGUCCUCGCAGGCCGUCGACAGCAACGGCGUGCUGGCGCCGCUGCGGUCGGUGGACUGCAGCCGCGUCGGGUUCAUCGCGUGCUACUUCUACCUGUACGUGAUCCUGCGCGAGGCGACGGUCGAUCCGUUCAUCCUCAACUGGUUCAUCGAGCAGCUGCUGGCCGACGUGUGCCACACCGAGCCGCUCAUGUAUAGGGGCGAGUACAGCCAGUCGCUAUGGCUGUGGACCGUCAUGUUCGGCGCCUGCGUCACCACGGCCGCGCGCGCCGGCUCCGCCAUGGAGGCCGAACAGAUGCGCCUCGUGCACGAUAUCUAUUUGGACAAGAUCAACCUCGUCAGCCAGGUGCUGCGCAUCGAGACGUGGGAGGACGCCAAGGGGGCGAUGCGCCUGUUCGCGUGGGAGGACGACUUUGACGGCGAGCUGGAGCUCAAGGCGCUGUGGGAGGAGGCCGUGUGGCAGGACGACGGCAAGCGCCCCAAGACGCAGUGCUUUGACUCUGUGCACGCGCGUGGGGGACAGGACAUAAUAGGUGGAGUGGGCAUGGCUCAGGCGUGCUGGUAA